GGUUAUGGAGUGGGAGGAAGAGAGGAUAGUGGCGCAUCUGGAGGCGCUCGUCUCAUUUCUGCGUCGCCACGAGCGCCUGUGGAGAGCGCACGUCGUGGAAUUCUUCCAGGGGCGUUUGUGGGAGAUUCUGGACACGCAAUGGCUCCUGGCGCUGAGGAAUGCGUCGAUGGAGGAUCUUCUUCUCCUUCCAUCGCAUAUUUCCAAGGAUUGCUGGCCCAAGACGCUCCAGGAUUUUCUUGCAGACGCGCGCUCGCUCUCUCUUUCUCGAGAGCUGAUGGAGACCUCAAAGCUUCUCUCAGGCGGAUCGCUUCCAAGUGUUAUAACGCAGGGCGUGAACGCCAAAAAACUCCACGAGAUUGAAAGACUUUCUUCGUUGAUAGUAAACAUCUCUCGCGUUGUCAACGCUACAGAAAUCGUGGACGUCGGUGCUGGCCAGGGGUAUCUUGCGCAAGUCUUGGCGUUCCACCACAAACUUCCAGUAGUCGCAGUAGAUUGCUCGGCGCACAACACAACCGUGACAAACAAACGCGCCGACCGCAUCCAAAGAUACUACGCUUCUCGCUCCGGUCGUGCUGCAAACCCGGGUCCCAAGACCGCAACCUGUCUCCUUGGAUCGGGCAACGAGAAUGUGUCGCUGGAUGCAUUCCUGUCGUCCAUCAGCAUCCGCAAGGAAGACGAGCAACGUAGCCACGAACAACACUCCAUUGUCUUGGCCGGACUGCAUGCCUGUGGAGAUCUCUCGGCGAACAUGUUGAGGACCUUUGUGAAUCGCCAGGACGUCACGGCAGUGAUCUCUGUUGGGUGUUGCUACAAUUUGUUGUCCGAGAACGACGACAAGUGUGGCUUCCCUUUGAGCAGAGGCGUGAAGAGAUUGAACUUGCGUCUCGGUGGAGCUGGACGUGAUCUUGGAUGCCAGAGUGCUCACCGCUGGAAAGAUAUUGGUUGCGAGAUGGCCGUGGCAAACUUCGACGUGCAUGCAUUCCGGGCUGCUUUCCAGAUCCUCCUCCAUCGCUUUUACCCCGGCAUUGCCGUCACCAGUCCUUCGGUCGGUCGCAUCGGCAAAGCAAAGCGUCGCAAGCAAAUGCGAAAGCCAAGCUCUGAAUGCCAAGCAUGCCACGGGAAAGGUGGCGACGACGCUGGAAAAUUCGUGGCGUUCCAGCACUACUCCGCCGAGGCUCUCAAACGUCUUGGCCUUCCCGAGGUCUCGCGGGAAGACUUGGCUGAGAUCUGGAAAGAAGUGGAGCCGUUUCAGGCACUUGUCUCUCCUUUCUGGUCGUUGAGAAGCGCCAUAGCUCCGGUGCUGGAGACGUUGCUACUGAUGGACAGGCUGCUCUAUCUCAAAGAACAGGAAAGUGAAGUUCCGUCUUUCAGCGCCAUGCUGCUGCCGGUGUUCGACCCUUGUGUAUCGCCGCGUAACAUGGCAGUUGUUGCUACGAGGAGAAAAUCCGGAGACAAAACUAGUAGUGAGAGCCUGCUUGGCUGAUUCGCUGCUCUGCUUCACGGACAAAAAAUUCUUUCGUUCUGCCAACGAGUUACGUACACAAAGACACAAAACGAGAAGCUAUAGAGACGGACCUAUACAUUGCAGAAUCCAAAGAGUUAAGCAACACCGGAAAGCUCGAGAAAUGCUGUGCGCGCACGGGAGCGCUUUCUUCCUCAUCGCGAGGUCCCGUAGCGGGUUUUCUCUGCGCAACAUGAAGGGGCGUCCCGCCGGAGAAGGCGAAAUGAGGAGUUGUCUUGUUUGUUUGAUGGAUGGACCUGUUGUGCUCUCUCGAUCAUAACUUUGGCCAGAAUGAUUUGUAUGAUGCCCUGGCUUAUGCUCACUGGAAACCUCCGGGAGUCAGAGGUCCGGUGGCCUGUUCUCUCUAUAUAUAUGAGCCUCUCAUUCUCAGC